UUCAGCCAUGAACACCUUUGUUAGACUGUCUAUUUUCAUCAAUUUAGUGUGGUUGGUGAAGAAUAUAUCAACGGAAUGCAACGAUACCACUGUUAUGAUAGAACAUAGGACGGUCGACGAUAGUCUAUCGUUGUCAUGUCCACCACAGAAUAACCAAAUAAGAUGGGAACACCACAGCAGCAAUGUUCUCUUGAGUACCUUUAAUACUCCAAAUAUCACCAUAUUUAACAUUUCCUAUUUGGAUAUUGGAACUUAUCAGUGUUUAACUAUAAAGGAUUCUUGCAUUAGAAAAAAAGUUGUUCUAAAUGUUCAAGGACCUCCCGUUCUUUUAAGAACAAAGAAGUACAUCGGCAUUGGCGAAACAAAUAUGAUUUUAAUUGCAUCUGAAUUAAUAAGUUUUCCACCUCCAGACGAGAACGUUACAAUCAAAGUAUGUGGAGCAGGAAACCAGAGAAAAAUGAAUGUUAUAGAAUACCAGUCAGUAUUGGUGAACGCAAGUCGAAAUAAUUCAGAUUUUGAAAUCACUGGAUAUCGUACCAAUAUUACGAUUGAUCCUUCAACUUUAACUGGAGAAACUUUCAUCUGUAUCAAAGUAUAUAUAUCAAACAGGAUUGGAGAAACGAUGUUUACGCUGAACUUAACCAUCAAAUACGAUGAUUCUGACGACAGAGGAUCAUUUUUUAGAUUUCUUCAGGAGAAUUCCUUUUUAGUGUCACUAGGUGGAUUAGGAUUGCUACUACUGAUAAUUUUGAUUGUACUCAUUACUCUGUGCAGGCGUCUUAAACGGGUGGAAACAAUAAAAGUGUCCGAGUCCUAUGAUUCUAUGAGAACUCACUCAGUCCGCUCACACAAUACAACAAAUCAUAAUAACAGUAACACUUUGUGGAGGAACCCAGUGCCAAGUCAAACAAGUUUUGACCCUGAUCAAACCUUACAAUUAAGAGUUGACUUAUAUGAACAGAAGGCUGGAAAAUCGUUUGCGAGAACACAGAACCCAGGAGUGUAUAGUUUUCAACAAAGCGAAACACUUAGUGACGAAGAAUAUGAUGAUUUCUUAUAAAUUGGCAAUAAAAGACAUUUUAUAUGUUCUAUUUUUACUGGGCUAGUGUAGAUCUUUAUUGUUGUAAAUUUUACAGGC